CGUACACCGAACUUUCUGACCAACUUGUCAGUGACCUGAUCCUGUCCCAAUCCUGCGGUGUUGAAAGUAAGAAAAAGAGGUGUCCAAUAUCAUCUAGUUUGUUGAUCACCGCAAAAUCGCCGUCGCAUCUACCCUUUCAUUACCACACUUGACACGAUAGUAAAGCGUCGCAAUCGCUCUUCGAAAACACUCCCAUCGAUCGGUUUCGAUAAGCAUCCGAUCCGACAGGCGGACCGAGCCCUAAGCUGUCAGAAUGAGGAUCGCAGGGUGGAUCUCGGCCACAUUCUUCGCCUCGACGGUACUAUCCACAGAGACAGAGACACUACCGUUCUCCCCGCCUCAACCAACAGGAAACCAUGCGCGGGCGCUCGAUGUAUUACGAUUCCUAAAACGUUCGGACGAUAAUUGUCCAGCCGGGCAUAACCCGUGCACCAACAUGGACAGCCCGGAUGUUUGCUGCAAGCGGGGGUCCCGAUGUUCUCUCGAUGCCAACGACCACAUCGCCUGCUGUCCCACGGGGGCCAGCUGCACCGGCAGCCUCCCCACAAGCUCCAAAUCCGACGACAAUAGCUUCAAGUUCCCCUCGACGGCGUCUGCAACACACACGACCGGCGCGAACGAUGCGACCAUCACCGGGUCGACUAUACACGGCGCAUACCCGUUCGUCAACAUCCCCACGUCUUUCGCAAACGGCGGGAUCUGCUCGUCUUAUUACUCCCUCUGCCAAAGCGAAUACACCGGUUGCUUGUCGAAGCUGGGAGGCGGCUACGCUGUUACCGUGGGCGGAGAAGGCGGCGGGGUGACACGGGACGGAGCACCAUCUGCCGUGGCUACCUGCUCGAGUCUGAGCAUGGAAGCGUGCCAUGGUCUGCAUCUGGGGUACUGCGACACCCAUCAGACAGCGCACGAUGACGGGAACAGGGCCCCUGCCGGGCGGACGUCUAGUUUGCAGGACCUCUUCUUCGGCAUGCUCGUUAGCGUGGCUGGGAUGUUAAUCUGAUAUAGGUAGCCAUGUUCAUCUCCUGCAUGGAGGAAGAGGCAUGGUUGGUUUUCGGGCCCUUUACUUAUUGCAUAUUUACUCGCUUUUCAUCUUCUGAUAUGUAUGUUUACGCCUUGGUCCCUGGAUGGAUUUCAUAUGGAACGAUUGAUGAUGAUGGUCAAUGUAUCUACGUUUAUCUUGAUGAUUGUGAUUGUGAUUGUUUUUUUUUUUUUUUUUUCUUUUCUUUCUUUU